AUGCAACAAACUAAUUUACUGUGUGUUUUGGUAUUGGCAGUGAUUGUGACAGCGCAAAAUCCCCAACAAGCCAGAGACAGGCGACAAAUUCAAGGUUUCCUAACGACUGUCGGAGACAUCUUCGGGUACGAUGUGUUCAAAAGGCCGAGAAUCGUGAUCACCAUACCUGGGGCAUCUCCUGCCCCUGCUUCCCCGCCAGCUGCACCUCCAGCUGCAGCACCGCCAGCUGCACCUGCUGCCCCGUCAGCUGCACCUGCUGCACCACCAGCUGCCCCGCCUGCUGCCCCGCCAGCUGCACCUCCAGCUGCGCCACCAGCUGCUUCUCAGCAGCUGCCACCCGUACUCACAGACAGUGUUCGAAGACAGUUCAGCAUCAACCUCAACUGGGACAGGAACAGAACACCCCCAUCUCAAGAUCCGGUUAUUUCCGCUGUAGUGGUCUCGCCUGCAGGCGCUGCACAAGCUCCAGCUCCAGCUCCGGCACCUCAGGCUGCACCUCCUGCAGCAGCACCUCCACAGGCUCUUCCCCCACCACCGCCAAGAAUUCUUCCACCACCAAAGCAAAUCAGAAACAGAGAUUAUGAGGACGAUGACAGAAACGCUGAGGAGGAGGAAGAUGACCGUCCUAAGCGGUUCUACAUCGAUAUACCUGAUGAUUACAACUUGGGCCAACCUGCAGACGAGCGACAAGAGUCCAAAGCGAAAUUCAAGAAGGAAUUCGAACAGUUCUGGGACAAGACCCCAUGGACCGUGGAAAACGGUUACAAGUACUUGGUUCCGCAGAAAGAGGCGACUCUUCUGGACAGCAAUUCGCCUAACAAUGUACCAGAAGAACUGUCGAAGUAUGAGGAGCUGCUCAUUCCGAAGGAGAAUAAGCCACGUAGUCUGUACCAACAACCUAUGCAAGACAGUUUGUUCGCUCCUUCUACGGAAGUAACUUAUUUUCAGACGGCUCCUCUGAAAGCUGUGGAUUACUUGGUCAACCAUAAAGCAGAGCCUUCCUAUCUGACUUCGAAGUACGUAAAUGCUGAGCUACUCAAUUUCUAUAACCAAAAAUUUCAGAAGGAUGCCCGUAUCAAAGAAAAUCAAGCCAACCAAGAGCAGCAACUAGCAGAUAGGAUUCCUUCAACACCCUAUCUACAAGAUUACACUCAUCAAAGCCAGCCAGUUCCUGUGGAGUACAAUAUUCAAAGGAGUCCAUUAGAUUUAUACAAAAAUCCACAAGCGACAGCGGAGGAUUUUUUAAAGCAAAAUGAACAGAUCAGGAGUCAACAACUACUAGCUAAAGCAGUUGCAGAUAAUGAGGAAGACACUAAUGACAAGGAAAUUGAAUCCGAGGUGGAGACAGAAGUUGAGCAAGAGAAAGAGUCGGAACAAACCAAAGAAGAAACAGAGGACGUUAAUGACGAAGAUAAUGGAUCAAAGAUUGUAGAAAAUAACGCAAGUGAAAAUUUCGAGGUAGAACACUUAGGAGAUGAACAAGAAAAAGAAGAAGUGAAAGAUGAAGAGGGAACUGAAGAAGUGGAAGCUGAAAAUCAACAUGAAGAAGCCAAAGAAGUUGAUCAGAAUGAAGAAGUGGAAGAUGAAGAAGAAAAUGAAAAAGUGAAAUCAGGAAACCAAGAUGAAGAAGUAAAAGGUGAGGAAAUAGAGACUGAAUCUCCAGAAGAGUACGAACAGGAACGAGAUCAAAAUUACAAUGUUCAAGACAUAGAUAGUUUCAUAGAAACUCAUUUCGGGGACUAUAAAGCUCCGGAUUAUGACAAAAUAAGACAGGAAAUUGAAGCCGAGGGCGAUGGAAGAUCCAACCAAUCUGCACAAGCUUCUGAAGAUGAACCAACAAACGAAGAAAGUAAUAAAGAUAAUGAAGAUGCUGAAAAUAAGAAGAUAAGAGAGCUACAGGAACAACACGAAAAUAAUUUUGACAAAGUGUUUCCUAAAUUAGGCGCAGGAACAAGAUUUGAAAGUUUUUUCGAUACCAACAAACCUGAUACUACCGAUGAAGAAUCUCAAAGAAAUAGUGAAACUGCUUCGAGAGCUGUAAAAACCCAACAACGAGAAAACGAUGAGUUUCAUAAGAAUUUCAAGGCGACAUCUCCAAACAAACAAACAAGUGAAGAAGGUGAAACUUACACGAGUUUUGACAAAUACAAACACAAGAAAGUUCCGUCGGAACUAAGGAAGCCAGCAGAAUCGAAAGACUGCGUACAUACAAAGGAAGCACUUAAGUUCGAUAUUGAGGAACCUUACAAAAAAAUCAGACAGAAUUUCAUGAGAAACCUAGCCCCAGAAGCAGCGAAACACACGACCAAACGAACCCGGAAACCCGAUCAUCCAAACAACAAUUUCCAAGAUAAAGAGAACCACGAAGCCGCUGAGAAGUCAGUCAUCCAACCAUUGUAUUCCGGGAUCUGGCAGAUUGGAGGUCUACAGGAACUUUACAAAUCCGACAAACCAGUGACUGUGCCCUUCGAUCACGAGUACAGCGCUUCAGAGAAACAACUCAAAACCAAAAACAAGACGAAGAGAGGAGUUGAAAAGGAAAUCAGCGAAUUUGAACAACAACAAGAAUACGUUCCGGAAUCAUAUAGCGACGAGUAUACUUACGAAGUCCCGGAGCCCAAAAAUUUCGGCGAGCAUGUAGCGGAAACUCAUAAGGUGGAUGAGAGUUUCUCGCCAAAUGCGAAAAUUUUGUCUAAGGAGCACGGCCAAAAAAGAUCUUGGGUAAACAUUUAUAAACCAUCGACCAUAGUAACAUAAAAAUCAUCGAAUGGAAAUAUUUCUUAGAUUCUUUUGUGAUAAACUUAAAAAAAUAGAUUUGUUAUAGUAAAUUAUUUAUUGUGCUUAUUUAAUGACAAUUGCUUCAUCACUGCGGUAAACGUUUAUAUUGUUGAGUAAUGACUGAAAAAGUCUGUAUUUCGUUCAUUUUAAGUGUUAUGUCAUAGGUUUGUUACUUGAUGUGAUUAUUGUACUGUUAU